ACUUCUGUUGCAAUUGUUCAAAUGCUUUUAAGUGUGACGCAUGUCUGUGGGAUUUCACACAUCGCUCUGUAAAAAGUGCAUUCUUUGCAGACAGGAAGUUUGACACACUUACAAGGGUGGCUGUCAGAGGAUUUGGUGAAGCAGAGGUAUAUGGGCUCACAGAACACAGAGAUGAAGAGCAACAGUUUAUGCAAUGAAUCUCAGUUUCAAAUCGACCUUCUCCCACCCAUGUAUGGCAUUGAGAUGACCGUAGCUCUGCUGGGCAAUAUAUUUGCCCUGUGGCUCCUGGGGACCAGAGAGAGGAAGGACUGGCACACUGGUGUAGUGUUCUCCUGUAACCUGGCCAUCAGCGAUGUUCUUUACAUCCUGACCCUGCCUUUGCUCAUCAUUUACUAUGGCAAGAAGAAGAAUUGGACCUUUGGGGAUGCUGUAUGCAAGAUCGAACGCUUCCUCUUCACCUGCAACCUCUACGUCAGCAUUUUCUUCAUCAUGUGCAUCAGCGUCAACAGAUACAUUGCCAUCGUUUACCCCUUCUUCACCCGGAGCUACGUGCGCCCUGUACACGCAAAGAUCGCAAGUGUGCUGGUGUGGUUCAUCGUGAUCAUGGCUUCAUCACCGGUUUUCAGUUUCGCUGGAACCGAAGUCGUGGAAUCAGAACGCGGAUACAACCGCACUCUUUGCGUCUCAUGCAAAGAUAAAAGUUGGGCGAAAUCCCAUUUUAAGUACACGUUAUUUCUUAUGGUUGUAGGAUGCAUGAUUCCUUUUCUAGUUACCUUUGCGUCCUAUUUGGGUGUGAUUUGGACUGUUUUGAAAAAUAAAAACAUCACCACAUUAGAGAAGAGAAAAGUAGCUCUGAUGGUCGCUCUGGUCUGCAUCCUUUACGCAACGUCAUUUGUGCCCUAUCACUUUCUGCAGACGUAUCACGUGUACCUGAAGUCAGAGAAUUUAAAGGAGUGCUGGUUGUAUAAUUCAUAUCAAGUCUCCAAAGGUCUGGCCACGCUGAACAUGUGCUUGCAUCCGCUUUUGUACAUGGCUGUGUUCGACAGCAUACGGACAGUCUGCUGUGGAAAAAGCUCAGAUGACUGAGCUUCAUACAUACUAUAUCUUGGCCAAAAGCUCACACAGUGGCUUCCUGAUGUAGAUUAUGCUUAGGGUUUCCGUUUAUGCUUGUGCUCUGUGUUUGUACGCCAACAAACCACAAACCAAAUGGAAAUAAUGUUUGACUGACAUUUAAAAUGCUUUAACUGUGUUUGCUGCGAAAAAAUACAAAUGAAAGAUAUUUAAGAGAAAAAAAUAUAUUAAAAAAAUGUUUAUAAUUUCAUUUACAGAAUUAGUGAAUGCAGAUUAGGAUCAGAUGAAGCAAAUCUCCUACAGCAAAUGCUGGGGACGUCAGUAAUAGUGGUGUAAUGGAUCACAAAUCUCACGAUUCAGCUCUUCAUAACUAACUCAAAAGACUAAAGACUCAAUCUCUUUCUUGAGUUUUGCAUUUUCAGAUUUGAAUGUAGCGAUUCAAAGGAUUAAUAAACAUAUGCAAAUCAUCAUCAUUUAUAAUUUAUGUUGUGUGAGUGUUGAGAUCCCGAUCUUUUAAUGAUUAAUCGUGCAGCUUACACUGAAUGCAUUGAUGGAGGCUAAACAAUAGUGACAGAAAACACCUUUAAUAACCUAAGAAACCCACCACAUGCCAUUAUCAUUAGAUGUUAAUGUCUAAUAUCAUUAGAUGUUGAUAUUUGGUUGAUUUUAGGUUGGACGUUGGACACUGAUGUUGGUCUGGCAUUGAGUUCUGACAUCAACCCAAUUUUAAUUUCAAAACAAAAUACAAUGUCCCCACGACGUUGGGGUACAACGUCAAUUUGACAUCAUGUGAAUAACCCACCACAACUUCUGUCAACAUUAUACUUUACAGGAAAGCCUAAAUACUUUCAUACAUGUGAUUUAAAUGAUGCAAGAGGCGAUCUCUCUCUGUGAUUGUUACAAAUUUAGGAUAAAUCUACAAAAAAAUUUUUUUAUUAAUGCACAGGUCAUGUGUGUUCCGAAUUGUGGGUUGGGAUCUGUACGAAUCACAGAUCAACUGUGAUCCGUUACACCCCUAGUUAGUAAUACACUAUGUGUCAAAGUCAAUUUUAAGGUAAAUGAAAGUACUAAGUACAAAGUUAGUCAAAGUAAAGUGUCUAAGGAUUAAAAUAACUUUUGUGAAAAUAAAAUGUCAAAAUAUGGGUGGAAAAUAGUUGAUAGCGUGAUCAUUGAGUGUUGCAGAAGUAUACAAGUAAAAAAUUAAACAUAUUUCAUUCAUUCAUUUUCUUUUGGCUUAAUCCCUUUAUUUUAUCAGGGGUCGCCACAGCAGAAUGAACCGCCAUCUUAUCCAGCGUGUUUUACUUAGCGGAUGCCCUUCCAGCUGCAACCCAGUACUGGGAAACAUCCAUACACGCUCUUUCUCACACAUAAACUUCGGCCGAUUUAGCUUAUUCAAUUCACUUAUAGCACAUGUCUUUGGACUGUGGGGGAAACCAGAGCACCCAGAGGAAACCCAUGUGAACACGGGGAGAACAUGCAAACUCCACACAGAAACGCCAACUGGCCCAGCCGUGGCUCGA